AUGGGGUCCCUUCACUUUGGGGAUUUCCAGCUGAUGAGGGGAUUUCCUGAGGAGGUGGUCCACGGGGGGGUGGCGGCGCAGACGGCGCUGGUGUUCGAGAGGGAGAAGCCGGGGAAGAGCGGGUUGACCGUGGAGCCGAGGGCCGCCAUGGCGCUGAAGAGCCACAGCGAGGCUGAGAGGAGGCGCAGGGAGAGGAUCAACGCUCACCUCUCCACUCUGAGAACCCUCAUCCCCGGCACUGGCAAGGUCAGAAGGACGAGAAAUUGUGAGCUCGCCAUUAAAAAGGUCGUGGAUUUAAAUCAGUUUCUGACGGAUAAUUGUGGGAAUCUCGCAUGCAGAUGGACAAGGCGGCGCUGCUGACGGAGGUCAUCAGCCGCAUAAAGGAGCUGAAGACCAGCACGACGGAGAUCAGCCAGGGAGUCAACGUUCCCGCCGACGCCGACGAGGUGAAGGUGGAGGUGGAGGUCAACGGCACGCCCUGCGGCGGCGGCGGCGGAGGCGGAGGCGGCGGCUUCUCCAUCAAGGCGUCCCUCUGCUGCGCUGACCGACCGGAGCUGCUCAUGGAUCUGAAGCAGACCCUGCUGGCUCUCCGGCUGAGGACUGUGAAGGCGGAGAUCUCGACGGUAGGGGGUCGGGUGAAGAACGACAUCGUGUUGACCUGCGAGGGAGGCGGUGCCGCCGCCGCCACCGGCGAAUACGACACCGAGUGCAACAUCUUCACUAACAACGUCCACCAGGCGUUGAAGUCCGUCCUCGAGAGGGCCUCCUCGCAGCCGGAUUUCUCGGCCGGGAGUCCGCUCUCCGGCAAGCGGCGGAGGCUAUCGCCGCCGUCGUUCCCGGCGGCAAGCUCCUCCCCCUGA